AUGGUGGCGCGCAUCUUGGACAACGGGACCGUCUCGAAAACACUUGUAAUAACCAAUGGCGAGAAUCGGGACUGCGUAUGCGUCCCCAUCCUCUUCCCCCUCGUGUUUUCUGCCAUGAUAAUGCAUGCCUACCGUGACGAGCGCCGCGGAAUCUGCAUCGCCUACAGGACUGGCAGCCAUCUCAACAGCCGGCGCAUGCAUGUCUCAACCUGCCUCCUUACGACCACUGCCCAUUACCUGCUUUUUGCUGACGAUUGCGCACUCAACACCGAGACAGAGGCUGACAUGCAAAGGAGCAUGGAGCUCUCCGUCUCCGGUUGCGCCAAAUUCAGGCUGACCAUUAACACGGACGAAACGGUGGUCAUUCAUCGAUCGCCACCCAGCGCUGCAUACAUUGCUCCUCGCGUCCACGCCAACGACACCCGACUGGAGACUGUGGACACCUUCGCCUACUUCGGCAGCACACUCACGCUACACUGA